CUCAGAGAAUAAACCCUCCUUAACUCGGUGGAGGACUUUCAGUUUCCUACAAGAGUCUAAACUUUUGGGGGCUCACUUUAUGUACGUCCAACCUCGCACAGCGAUGGUGCAACACGGGCAUUCACGGGCAUGAAUCGGAGUUGGAAAAGAGGGUACUAAAUGGCGGAGGCAGAACUGGUGCCCAGAGCAGACCUGAGGCUUUUACCGGCAGCGGAGGAGAGGGCUGGGAAUCUAAAAGCAGAUCCAGAAGAGCUUUUUACAAAACUGGAGAAAAUUGGAAAGGGCUCUUUUGGUGAGGUAUUUAAAGGCAUUGACAAUCGGACUCAGAAAGUGGUUGCCAUAAAAAUCAUUGAUCUGGAAGAAGCUGAAGAUGAGAUAGAGGACAUUCAACAAGAAAUCACAGUGCUGAGUCAGUGUGACAGCCCAUAUGUAACCAAAUAUUAUGGAUCCUAUCUGAAGGAUACUAAAUUGUGGAUAAUAAUGGAAUAUCUUGGUGGAGGCUCUGCACUCGAUCUAUUAGAACCUGGCCCUUUAGAUGAAACGCAGAUUGCUACUAUAUUAAGAGAAAUACUGAAAGGACUUGAUUAUUUGCAUUCGGAGAAGAAAAUUCAUAGAGAUAUUAAAGCUGCCAAUGUUUUGCUGUCUGAACAUGGAGAGGUGAAGCUGGCCGAUUUUGGAGUGGCAGGCCAGCUGACAGAUACACAGAUAAAAAGAAAUACCUUCGUGGGCACCCCUUUCUGGAUGGCACCUGAAGUCAUUAAACAGUCAGCCUAUGACUCAAAGGCAGACAUCUGGUCUCUGGGCAUAACAGCUAUAGAGCUUGCAAAAGGUGAACCACCUCAUUCUGAGCUGCACCCCAUGAAGGUUUUGUUCCUCAUUCCAAAGAACAACCCCCCGACACUGGAAGGAAACUACAGCAAGCCCCUCAAGGAGUUUGUUGAGGCCUGUUUGAAUAAGGAGCCGAGCUUUAGGCCCACUGCUAAGGAGUUACUGAAGCACAAGUUUAUAAUACGCAAUGCAAAGAAAACAUCCUACUUGACUGAGCUCAUUGACAGGUACAAGAGGUGGAAGGCUGAACAGAGCCACGAAGACUCCAGUUCUGAUGAUUCUGACACAGAAACAGACACGGACAGCCAAGCAUCUGGAGGCAGCGACGCUGGGGACUGGAUCUUCACAAUCCGAGAGAAAGAUCCAAAGAGUCUUGAGAAUGGAGCUCUUCAGCCUUCGGAUUUAGAAAGAAAUAAGAUGAAAGAUAUCCCAAAGAGGCCUUUCUCUCAGUGUUUAUCUACAAUUAUUUCUCCUCUGUUUGCAGAGUUGAAGGAGAAGAGCCAGGCGUGCGGAGGAAACAUGGGGUCCAUAGAAGAACUGCGAGGGGCCAUCUACCUGGCGGAAGAAGCGUGCCCCGGGAUCUCGGACACCAUGGUGGCACAGCUCGUACAGCGGCUCCAGAGAUACUCUCUAAGUGGUGGAGGAACUUCAUCGCACUGAAAUUCCUUUGGCAUUUGGGGUUUUGUUUUUCCUUUUUUCUUCUUCAUUCUUCUCCUUUAAAAAAAGUCAACGAGGGCCUUUGCUGAUUCCGCUGAAGAGAUGUGCCAUCGAGGGUCUGUACCCCCAGCCGAGGUUUCCUGUCUAGGGCCACAUGGCCCUUCUUGCCGGCCUUGGCUAGAUAAGUCUCCAGAUGGGGUGGGGAGGGUCAACUCAUUCAAGCGAUCAUUUUAUUUUAUUAUUCUUGUUUUUAAUUGUAACCAUAGUGCACAUAUCAAGGAAAGUGUCUUUAAAAACAAACCCUGAAAUGUAUAUUUGGGAUUAUGAUAAGGCAACCGAAGAAACGAAACCUCAGGUAUCCUGCUUUAAGUUGUAACUCCCUCCCCGGGAGACGGAGAUUGCUCUGGUGGAUCAGUGUACAGAUUUGUAUAUAGUGUCAUUUUUACAGAAACCCUUUUGGCGUGCAUAAGGAAUCACUGUGUACAAAUUGGCCAAGUGCUUCUGUAGAUAAUGUCAGUGGAGUAAAUAUUCGACAGGCCAUAUAACUUGAGUCUAUUGCCUUGCCUUUAUUACAUGUAAAUUUUGAAUUAUGUGACCAGUGAUUUGGGUUUUUUUUUUUGUAUUUGCAGGGUUUGCCAUUAAUAAUAAUUGAUGCCCCUCUUAUGGAAUACUCCUAUUUGUACCUCAAAUGCAAAUUUUCCUUUUGUUGCCCUACAACCCUUUUGGUACACUUAGGAGUUCCUUUUUCAUUGAUGGUACUAUUUCUUAGUGUUUUAAAUUGGAACAUAACUUGCCUCAUAAAGCUUUAAAUUAUUAUUUUAAGUUUCUCCCCAAUGAAGUGCUCUCAUCUAACGUCCGUUUGGAAUCGUGCCACUGCCAGUCCUACGCCAGCCGUACCAUUCUUUCCAGUAUGAUUUUCAUUGCACCUUGUAGUGAAAUUUGCAUAUCAUCUUUCCCACCGAAAAAUGUCUGAAUGCCUACACGAAUAAAUUUUAUAACACUCACAUUGCAUACUCUCCUUGAAACGACUCUUGAGAGGGCAGGACACCUGCCGCGUGUUUGUGUGUGCCUGUGGUUGUGCGUGUGGGUGAGACAUUUUAGAACGUUAUAGGAAGAAGUGCCCACAUUCAAAAUGCUGAAUGUUUAGGUCAGUUCCCUAUGCAACUUUUAAAAAUUGGUCAUUAAGAAGAUAUGGUUGAAUAUUAUGGCUGAUUUGUAAAAUUGCUCUCUCUCCAGGAACCUCAAAUAAGGGUUGUUUUGUUCUCUUAAAGGAGCCUGUGUUUGCCGACUUGUCAAGGCAGAUGUCUGUAUUUUCCUUGGCAGAGUCUUGCUUGCCAAGGGGGGAAAUAAAUCUCUGGGUCUCUGGUAUGGGAAAUAAGAGUCCAUGUAUAGCAAUUCUUGACUGUCUGAAAUAAGUAUGCGUGGUACUUGUGUAGUUGUUGAUAUGAAUUAUUGUCAUCUCUUGUCGGAGUAUCAGUUCUUGGGGAAGACAAGGAUUUUUGGAAGCAAGAAAGUUACUGAGGAAACUUCAGGAUGGAAGGUCACACAUGUGCCAGCCCGGUGGCCUGGAGGUUACAAGUAGAGGACAGAGGCCUGAGUCAGAGACAUAUGAGUGGGUGGUUAUUUUUAGUUUGUUAAUUGAGUCUACUUUUAAAUUCAAAAAUUAAAUUGUGAUUUUUUAAUUAGAAGUAGAUUUGGGUUGAAUUAAUUUCUAUUAAGGAUACAUUUUGGUUAGGGGAAAUAGAAUUGAAUAGCUAAUUCUUAUUGUGCGUGUUAUUCUGCAGCAAGAAUGUUAACUUGAAAAAUAAAUUUUGAAAGUAUUUUGUGUUUCUGAGAGUAUUCUGUAUAAGGGAACUGUUGAUUUUCCCUGUGUGAGACAUAAGCCAAAGAUCAGUUUUGUUCAUUGCAGGAGAAUCACUCAAAAGAAUGAGCAGUGUUCCCCUAAAGUGCUUGUCUGAUUUUAAGACAGAUAACAUGGACAGCAGCUUUCCGAUUCAGAGUUCUUAAAAUUUGCAAGUAGACACUGACAUCAAGACUGAAGCUAAAGCCAAUCUCAGAUACAAGUAAUGGGUUAUGCUCAUAGAUAGACUGGAUUCCAGUUAAGCAUAUUGGUGCAAAUGGUCAGGUAUUCUGCAAUCACUAGACUAUAAUAUACAACACCGUCUCCUGGAUGAAGCAGCAAAUUAUUCUUUUAGAGUUUAUUGGAAUUAUCUUCUGUUGAUUAAGCUUCCUGGGGAAGAUGUGGUUGGACUGUAUUUUAAAAGUGGAUUACAUCCAUAUACAGUUUCUUCUGAUUUGUGACUUUCUGUGAACACACAAACUCAGCUGAUGUGUUUUUAAGGAAGCUAGCAUAUUUGUGUAUCCACUUCAAGCCCUGUAUUAAAAGACAGACCAUAUACCAGAGCUACGAUGGGACCUGCUUCCGACAAUACAAACUGCUGUUGAUCUUUAGCCAGCCCAACAUUCAAGAUGGAUUCACUAACACUCGGAAGUCUCUCAGUGCCAAACCCCAGCAGUUAACAGCUUAUCCACCGAGAGACUGCAGACAGUGGUGGUGCACCUAGUGUGGGCAACGGCUUCACACAGCAUGGUUACCAGCUUUUGGAAACAGGCAGUGGGCUGGCUGUGUCUGGCUGGUCAUGCCUUUUUGAAGCUGUCUUGUGUGUGUGGCCCAGAUGGCUGCACUUAGCAAGAUGGCCACCAGUGUGGUCUGGGGUGUCUUGGUCCGCUAACAAGUCAGUCUCGUGAUUGUCUUGAUGUUACCAAGUGCCACAUACCUUCCGAUUCUGACAGUUUUGUUCUCGAGUUGGUCUUGUGAAGUGUCUAAUUCUUCAUGUAGCAUUUUGUACCUUUUAUUUGGCAAAACAUAUGGUCUGUUUAUAAGCAUUUUUAUAUUUCCUUCUUUAAAAAUAUGCUUCUGUAUUUCUGCUAUAAAAUAUGGCAAUAAAUGGGGAGUGCUGCAAGGCGUGUUAAGCACAGGUACUGUGUCACACAAGGGUCAAUAAAGUUCACAGAAAACAA